CAUUUGGAAACAAGCGCGGGCUACGGCAAGAUGGCGGCCAGGUCCCUGCGGCCUCGCACGCUCUCUGCAAAGCUGGCGCGGGGUGACCUUUGUGAUGGCGCUCAGCCGGCGACUGACGAACCUUCUCUUACGACGUCUAUGGAGUGGGACACUCAGGUGGUGAACGGGUCCUCGCCGCUCGGCCCUGCAGCGUUGGGGGCGGCGGAGCCAGCGUCCAGACCGCGCUUGCCUUCGUGGCUGCAGCCCGAGAGGUGCGCGGUGUUCCAGUGCUCCCGGUGCCGCGCCGUGGUGGCCGACUCGGUGCACCUUGCCUGGGACCUGUCGCGGGCCCUCGGGGCUGUGAUCUUCUCCAGGGUCACAAGUAAUGUGGUUUUGGAAGCUCCCUUUCUAGUUGGCAUUGAAGGCUUGCUCAAAGGCAGCACUUACAACCUUUUAUUCUGUAGUUCCUGUGGGAUUCCUAUUGGUUUCCAUCUGUAUUCUACCCAUGCUACUUUGGCUGCUUUGAGAGGUCACUUCUGCCUUUCCAGUGACAAAAUGGUGUGCUAUCUCUUAAAAACAAAAGCCAUAGUAAAUGCAUCUGAGAUGGAUAUUUACAACGAAUCUCUACCAGGAAAGAUUGCAGAGCUAAAAGAGAAGAUAAUGUUAACACACACUCGCCUAAAUUCACUGAUGAAGAUUCUGAAGGAAGUGACUCCUGACCAGUCUAAGCCACAAAACUGAUGCACAACCAAAGCUUGAGUAUGAGGGCUAGGCCAUGUUGCUCUCUUCAGCAACAGGUGCUGUUUGGUCAGACCUCAAGAUCACCUUCAAAAAUGGGAAAGACAUUGUAUUUUGUUUAUCUUUAGGCUGAUCUUUCAAACUAUCUGUGAAGCUGUUUCUACGAGAUAAGACACUAAGCACCCUUCUGUCUUGGUUUCAUAGCUACUUACCUUAAGAACUUCAGCUAAUUUAGCAAUUUCAUAAUUCUGAAAGCAUCAUUGAUUGCAAAUUUAGGGAUUAAGAGUCAAAGUCCCAGUGGUGCUCUGAUCAAAAGAUGCAUUCGUCUGAAAAUGAAGUAUUUAAUACUGACUACCAUUACUCCUAUAUGGAGUAUUUGUGAAUACUGAGAAAAUAUGGGAAAAUACAUAUUCUACAGAUAAUAUUCAAUAAGUUGACUGGAUAAUAUACAAUUUAUCUUUCUCUUUUUAGUUGUAAACUGAAUGUUAGGGGAAUGAUGAAAAGAAUUAUAAAACACCAAACAUUCAGCAAAAUGCUUUUCUCUUAGUUUUAUGUAGCACUUUGGCUCAGUAACAACAUAUUAUUAAUAAAUAUAAGGUAUUAUACUAGAUGCUAGGGAUAGAAAUUAAGCAAUACAGCCACUCUGUCCUUACAGAGCUCAUAGAGAUGGACAUUCAAGUAACCAAAUAAAGACAUGAUUGUAGUAAGGGUUUUGAAGAAAAAGAAUGUAGUUAUAAGCACAUGUAGCAGUUAAUGGACUUGGCCUGGAGGUCAGGCAAGGUCUUUCUAAGAAAGUGAAAUUUCAGCAGCGGUCUGAGAGAUGAGUAGGAGGUAAUGGGGGGAACAUGUACAGAGAUCCUUUGAGACCCUUAAAAGGUGGCCUGUCAGUUCCAAAGGGACCAGAAACCAGAGGGUUCAAAUACCUAACUGGCCUCCUGAAAGGUGUUUUAAUCCCAAGAAUGGUGGGAAGAUUUUGAAGAAUUUUAAGGGGGCCUGACAGGAUCAAAUUUUUAUUUUUAGACCUCAUUAUAGUUGUCCUUUAAAUGGGUAGUAGAGGCUUUAGCACUAUCCUUGAUUGUAGCAAUAAAAAGAUGACUUAAGCCACACAAAAGUGUAUAGAGAAGUUAAUUUGGUUGAGGUGCAGCUAGCAUGUAUUUUUAUCAGAUUCUUUCCACUUAAUACUGCUUAUAGGAUAAUUUCCUUUAAGCACGUUUUAAACUGGAGAAAAUUCUAAUUUGUUUUACUUGUUCUGUAAGCAAGGGUGAAGUCUUCUGGCAACAGAGUGCCAGAAAAACUAUCUUCUACUCCUAAAGAAUGGGACGUAAUGUUAAUCUUGCCUUGAGUCAUCCUUGGUUUUUUAUUAUGUGUAGGUAUGCCUUCCUCAAUAUAUUCCCUUUAAAUUAAACCACUUUUCUAAUGUAACUAUUUUUCUCAGUCAUUGGAUUUGCCAUUUUGGUUAAGACUUUCAAUAGAAAAUUAAACACAAAGUAAUUUUUUUUUUUUUUUAAUACAAGUUAUAUGCUCACUCUAGAAAAAAAUAGAGGUGUGACAAAAUAAAGGGUAAAAGCUCACUUCUCUUCCCAUUUUUGAGAGGCAUGACAGGGAGUGAGCAGGCUUUCUGGCCAAAUGAUGUGAUUUCAAAUUGUGGCCUGGAUAAUUCCUAGUCAUGAACCUGGUUUACUUAAAACUUUACUGAAAAUAGGGAUUAAAAGCCAAUAGGAUUAAAUGAGAGCUGUGCUUAGCACACAGUGUAAGUGCUUACUAAAUAAAAUUAUUUGUGGAUGUGGAUAUGUAUAGACAUGAAGUAAUACCGCUAUUUUUCACAUUCUGCAACUUUUUUGUAAAAUAAAUGUACACAACUGCAAGCCAACCUUUAAAUUAUUUAACACCUGCAUAUAGCUCAAUUAUGUAAAUAGAUCAUAGUUUAGCCAUUCUUAAAAGAGAGCCUCCUCUGACGUAUUUCCCUCAGUUAUACUUUCAAUGACCUUCUGUGCAUCUGUAAAGGCAAAACGGAAACUCACAACCUAAUACAUAGCACUCUUUCUUCACUGCAUGUCCUGUCGCCCCUUCCUCGGUCCUCAGCUGCCUGGCUCUCCUGCCGCCAGCCACCACUGCCUGCAGCCGGUUUGCAGAGCGGACGUGCUGACCACGGUCCUGACAGCCGCCGGGGCCUGUGCACUAAGUGGGGACACUGUCAGUGCAGAGGAGGUGUACCCCGGCUCGCAGCUCACACAGGGCAGGUGAAAACAUUAUAAAUACUCCCUGACGAUGGAACAAAAACAUAGGAGAGCCUUUAGCAAAGAGGGCAUGCUUGCUAGUGGCCAGUACGCUGGUGACUUUGUAAAAAAGUUAAAAGGAAAAAAAAAAAAGAAAUGGAAAUUGUAUAUUUAAUGAAUGAACAUGAACAAUUUACCGCUGGGAGGAGGUGACUUUCUGUUGGGUGAAUCGGCAAGUGACUCACUGAUGUUGCUCUUCAUCGUGUGCAGUUUUCUUUCCGUCCAGCCUUGUCCCCUUUACUUUGGCGCUGACACCAGCUGUGUGUCCAGUUUGAGUAGUGUGAAAUAGAAUCAGCAGCUCACACUUAGUUUUCAUCGUUCCCCGGAUCUUGUGUUGUUGCUGUAGCUGCAGUGUACACCGACUCUUUCUGUAUAUUGCCUUUUUGCUGGAAAAUGUUGUAAGUUGAAUAAAAUUUUCUAUAAAAAUUAAAAAAAAAG